AUGUCACAUUUUAUUGCGUUCUUAAUCAAUGGGCGUCCUCACUGCUCUGCAGUUUCCGGUUUUGAUGUGUUGUGUUCAGGACAAUUUAUUGGCAAGGUUGACCCCAACUCUCCAGCUGAAGCAGCAGGACUACGCGAGGGAGAUAAAAUCAUAGAAGUUAAUGGGGUCAAUAUAAGUCAGGAGAACCAUAAACAAGUUGUACAGAGGAUUAAAGCAGUGAAAGAAGAAACAAGACUUCUUGUUGUAGACACAAAAACAGAAAUCUAUCACAAGGAAAAAGAUAUUAUAAUCACUAGUUCUUUACCUUACGUGAAACAUCUUUCUUCGGAUAAACAUUUUGAAUACAUAGAUACAAGAAUACAGACACCAUCAGUUCCAACUAUAGAGCAUACGCCUUCAGUAAAAGGGCGGGACAGUCCGGUUGGGGGACGGGACAGCCCAGCUGAAGGACGGGAUAGCCCAUCUGAAGGACGGGACAGCCCAGCUGGGGGCAGGGACAGCCCGGAUUCUGAAGCUAGUCUGGAAGAGAUCCCUCCAGAUCACAGGUACAUAACAAGAGAUGUGAAAAGAGAGGACAGCUCGUCCUCGGAGCGAACUCUUUCUAAUCGGUCCUCUAUGUCCUCAAUUGGAAAGGUCAGUUCAUUAAAGGGACUUUACAGUCCCUUUAAUGUGAUUUUAGACGUAACAUAAAGUGACCUUCUUUUA